AUGGCGACCUCAUUAAUCUCCAAGAGAUUGCGCUCCACAGAAGCUGAUCGGGACACAGAGCCAAGUUGGAUUCGCCGUCAGGUCACUUCUGUCCUCGAAUGCAUCUCUCGCCGUGCCUGUGUGCACCCCAUCCACACCAUCGUAGUGAUUGCGCUGCUCGCCAGCACCACCUACGUCGGCCUGCUCGAAGGUAGCCUGCUGGACGUUGCGCGCAAUCCUCGCGAUGUUGCAGGCCAAGUGGAUAUCCAUACUCUACUCCAGGGCAGCCGGAAUCUACGCCUCGGCGAGUCAACCUCGUGGAAGUGGCAGGCGGAGGAUUCCUGGGUGGACUCGACGAUUGACGAGCCCGCCGUGCAUCAUCUGGCUCUGGCGACCUUCAUCUUCCCCGAUUCCACCUCUAAGUCGGCCUCGACUGCCCCAGCGGCCGACGAUGUCCCGGUCCCUGCCAAUGUCUCCGCUCACUUGGUUCCGCAUACUCCGAACUUGUUCUCGCCUUUCUCCCAUGACUCCGCUCUCGCGUACGCGGUGCCUUUUGACCAGGUCCCUGAAUUCUUGAGGGCCGUGCAAGAGAUUCCUGACCUGUCUGCGGAGGAGGACGAAGAAGAGUCGAAGAAAUGGAUCAUGAAGGCCGCUCGUGGUGCCGUUGGCUCCCGUACGGCUCUCAAGCUGUGGCUGGCGGAUGCCUGGAGUUCCUUGGUGGAUCUUAUCAAGCAUGCCGAGACCAUUGACAUUGUCAUCAUGGCCCUGGGUUACAUUUCGAUGCACCUGAGCUUCGUUUCCCUCUUCUUCUCCAUGCGCCGCCUGGGUUCGAACUUCUGGUUGGCUGCUACGGUGCUCUUCUCGGGAUCUUUUGCUUUCCUGUUUGGUCUCUUGACGACCACGAAGCUUGGUGUGCCGAUCAAUCUUGUUCUGCUCUCCGAGGGUCUUCCCUUCCUGGUUGUGACCAUUGGCUUCGAGAAACCUAUCAUGUUCACCCGCGCUGUUCUCAACGCUUCCGUGGACAACCGCCGCCCCCGCCCCGGUGCCGCUGCCCGUCCCCUGACUUCGAGCCCUCCUGGUUCAAUUCAGGACUCGAUUUCGACGGCUAUCAAGGCGCAGGGCUUUGAGAUCGUCCAGCACUACUGCAUUGAGAUAGGCCUGUUGGCUAUGGGUGCUGCCUCUGGUGUCCAGGGUGGCCUUCAGCAGUUCUGCUUCCUCGCGGCCUGGAUCUUGUUCUUCGAUUGUGUCCUUCUCUUCACCUUCUAUACCACGAUUCUUUGCAUCAAGCUUGAGAUCACUCGCAUCAAGCGUCAUGUUGCCCUGCGCAAGGCUCUGGAAGAGGACGGCAUUACCCACAGUGUUGCCGAGAGUGUCGCCUCGAACAAUGACUGGCCCGCCGCUGGUUCGGACAGCAGCGAAGCUGACACCAGCAUCUUUGGACGCAAGAUCAAGUCCAGCAGUGUGCGCCGUUUUAAGAUCCUCAUGGUUGGUGGCCUCAUCCUGAUCAAUGUCGUGAACUUGUCCGCCAUUCCCUUCCGGAAUACCGGUAAUGGCGCCCUGAUUGCCCGCUGGUCCAAUGUGAUGGCUCCUACUCCCAUUGAUCCCUUCAAGGUGGCAGAGAAUGGUCUGGAUGCUGUCUACGUGGCCGCCAAAAGCCAGAAGCAGGAGACCAUGGUGACGAUUAUUCCGCCCGUCAAGUACAAGCUGGAGUACCCUUCUAUUCAUUACGCAGCAAAUGAGGACACCGGCUCAUUCGACAUUGAAUAUUCGGAUCAAUUCCUGGAUGCGGUUGGUGGCAAGGUCCUCGAGAGCUUGCUCAAGAGCGUGGAGGACCCUUUCAUCAGCAAGUGGAUUAUUGCUGCUCUGACUCUGAGCAUCAUUCUCAAUGGUUAUCUCUUCAAUGCUGCCCGCUGGAGUAUUAAGGAGCCCGAGCCCGUUCCCACUGCUCCUAAGGAGCCCGUUGCGCCAAAGGUCUACCCCAAGUUCGAGCCCAACGAGGAAGAGUCCAGCCGGACCCCCGAGCAAUGCGAGCUUAUGCUCAAGGAAAAGCGCGCUCCCUUCUUGAAGGAUGAGGAGUUGAUUGCUCUGUCUCUGAAAGGCAAGCUUCCUGGUUAUGCUCUGGAGAAGACCAUGGAGAACGAGGACUUGAUGAGCCGUGUGGAUGCCUUCACUCGUGCCGUUAAGAUCCGUCGCGCCGUGGUCGCUCGGACCCCCGCCACCUCUGCCACCACCAACUCGCUGGAGGCCUCCAAGCUUCCUUUCAAGGACUACAACUACGGUCUGGUCCACGGCGCUUGCUGUGAGAAUGUCAUUGGUUACUUACCCCUCCCUCUUGGUGUUGCUGGCCCGUUGAACAUUGAUGGUCAGAGCUAUUUCAUCCCCAUGGCUACUACUGAAGGUGUCUUGGUUGCCAGUACCAGCCGAGGCUCCAAGGCUAUCAACGCCGGCGGUGGUGCGGUCACAGUCCUGACUGGCGAUGGUAUGACCCGUGGUCCUUGUGUUACUUUCCCCACCCUGGCGCGGGCUGCCGCUGCCAAGGUCUGGAUCGACUCGGAAGAGGGCAAGAGUAUUAUCACUGCUGCCUUCAACUCUACUAGUCGUUUUGCUCGUCUUCAGAGCCUGAAGACUGCGCUUGCGGGUACCUAUCUCUACAUUCGCUUCAAGACUACCACUGGUGACGCCAUGGGUAUGAACAUGAUUUCCAAGGGCUGCGAGAAGGCUCUGGAUGUCAUGCACAAAGAGUGUGGCUUCGAUGAUAUGUCUAUCAUUUCGCUCUCGGGUAACUUCUGUACCGACAAGAAGUCUGCCGCCAUCAACUGGACCGAUGGCCGUGGCAAGUCGGUUGUUGCUGAGGCUAUCAUUCCCGGUGACGUUGUCAAGAGUGUCCUCAAGAGCGAUGUCGACGCUCUGGUGGAGCUGAACGUCAGUAAGAACCUAAUCGGUUCCGCCAUGGCAGGCAGCUUGGGAGGUUUCAACGCUCACGCUUCCAACAUCGUUUCUGCCAUCUUCCUCGCCACUGGUCAGGACCCCGCCCAGAACGUCGAGAGCAGCAGCUGUAUCACGACUAUGAGAAACCGCAAUGGUGAUCUCCAGAUCGCUGUCUCGAUGCCCUCUAUCGAGGUGGGCACCAUUGGCGGUGGUACCAUUCUUGAAGCGCAAUCGGCCAUGCUGGACAUGCUCGGUGUCCGUGGCGCCCACCCCACCACACCCGGUGAGAAUGCCCGCCAGCUGUCCCGCAUCAUUGCGGCCUCCGUCCUGGCUGGUGAGCUCAGCCUGUGCGCCGCACUUGCCGCCGGCCACCUUGUCAAGGCCCACAUGGCCCACAACCGCAGCGCGGCGCCUACCCGGUCGUCGACCCCCGUAUCCGCUGCCGUGGGUGCCGCCCGUGGCCUGUCCAUGACUUCCAAAUAA